AUGAAGUCUGCCGACUCUUACGGGCUAACGCCGCUCCACUGUGCAGUAAUGGCUGGAAAGGUGCUUGCGACGCAGAUGCUCCUGAGGCGUGGUGCAGAUGCCCUUGCUGUCGAUGUCAAGCGACGCCUCGUGCUGAGUGAGAUUUGGCUCCUCGCAUCCGAUCAAGAGAAGCGGCGACAAGCGUGCUCGGGACAGGAACGUUUGACAAGGCUCUUCGUCACAAAGCUACCCUGGACGCAGAAGGACGGGCAUUCAGGCCAUGCUGGCCUGGCGCACAGGGCAGUGGCACAAGACGUGGUAGAAGAUGUGGUGGAGGUGGUUGAAGAGUUGGCUCCUCCGGUCGAUCUGAAGAAGACCCCAUGGGAAGCACUGGACGUCGCGUUCCAAGCCGAAGGCAAACGCUGCUGGGGGCCUGGUUUCGAUGGAAAAGUGCCCGGUUACAUUGCCGAGUGUCUCAGAAGAGAGAACCCUGCCAGCUCGGAUGAGCCGCCUUUUCGUCGACGCUGGUUAAAGCGGAGGGAGGAGGAGAGCGACGAAGCACCGGACCCCUACGCCACCUUGGGAGUCGAUCCCAACGCAACGCUGAAAGAAAUCAGGAAAGCGUACAUUCGUUUGGCCAAAGAGACGCAUCCGGACACCGGAGGUGAUGCCGUGGCCUUUCAAGACGUUCUCCUGGCGUACCGUAUCCUCAGCGAUGAAGAACGUCGGAAGGAAUACGACCAGACAGGCGAGGAUGCCGGCGACGCACCGGCUGAGGAGCGGAAGGUAAGGGUUUCAGACUUGGCGACGCUGCGGUCCGCCAUUGAGAAUCACAGGGAGGUGCGCUGGGAACGUGGCAUGGCCAACCUGGCUGGCCAGACAGGUACUGUUCAGUUCGAUGACCCGGACACAGGGCUGACAGAAGUUGUCAUCUGGAUUUCCGCAGAAGAUGGAUUUUCAGCUUGGCUUCCCAGCGAAGUCUUGACAUAUCUCAACCCGGACGGGGAGGAGCAGCCGUACGAGUUCUACCAGCAAGCUCUGAUGCGGUUGAACAAGGGAGCGAUUGUGAAGAUUGAGCCGUACGAGAAGCAGAUGAGCCGCAUCAUCGAGUAUACUCUGGGCUGGCAAUCGCACGACAGUGGUGCAAUGCAGAAGCCGGAUCCGCUGCGCGAUGCCGCAUUCGCCCAGGUCUUCUUCAAAAAGGGACGUGAGGCUGAAGAUCGUGGCGUGGUGCUUGAUAUUGGUUGUGGCACUGGUGAUGGAAGCCGGCUCUUUGCGACUUCCCGAAAGUUUGACCUCGUGUUUGGUUUGGACACGAACUCCACGGCUCUCGGCCAGGCCCGACAGGAAAGCGAGGAUGAGGAGAUCGGUCCAGAGCAGGGCCUCUUUCUUCUGCGCGCCGAUGCUCAAGAGCUGCCAUUUCGAGACCAGCAAGUUGAUUAUGUGUGGUGGUCAUUCGGUUGGUCGGAGGUGGAGCGUCCCGAAGAUGUAUUGAAGGGCAUCUACAGAGUAUUGAAAGUUGGUGGCAGGAUGCUGCCCUAUGCCGGCCUCUUGGAUGAUGUGGAGCAAGCAGGAUUUGCAGACACUUGUCUGAGACUUGCGCUCCCGAAUCCGGAGAUUGCCCCAUUUCAAUUCAAGCAGCCGCAAAGCUCCAUUAAGUGGAGCGUUGCUGAGUCCAAAGACGAUCGCUGCGGGCGUUUGAAAGUCCACGCUUCCAAAGCUCGCUUGAACUUGUUUCUCUUGCUGUACAUCUUCGUGAGAGAGCUUGGGUACCUCCACUGCCUGUCAUUCGAUGCCGCAAGCCUAGCAGGUCUUCAAUUUGCUGGGCAGGUGAUCUCUUUCAGGCUGUUUUGGAAGACAUGCUGGUCUGACCCCGGCUACUGUGCCGCCCAUGUCCACAACACAGCAGAUGCCGACGAGCUAAACAUCGCAGCGAAGAGCUUCCCGAAUGAGUAUCUCCAACUGGCAUCCUCGCAGGAAGCAGAAAUGAAUCCUUCAGGCUGGGGCAAGAAGGCCUGCGUAGUGUGCGGACGGUUGCGCACCAGGCGCUGCAAACACUGCAGGCAAUGUGGACGCUGUGUUGCAAGAUUUGAUCAUCACUGCCCUUGGCUGGGUAAUUGCAUUGGUGAAGCAUCCCUCCUCUGGUUGCUGAGGUUUCUGGCAUCGACACUCCUGUCGUUGUUGCUUGCCAUUGGGCUGGCCUUCGAAGGCCUUGAGGCAGCCAGUUUGGUGCUGCGAGGGGCCGAACUGCCGCUGUGGUACACUGCUGUCAGCAUCAUGAUGGUGAUUGACGGUAUUCUUGUGCUUUUCGUUGGCUGCGUCUUCACCCGGCAGGUGCUGCUGGCAGCCGCAGACCUGACAGAGUAUGAAGACUCUGUAGAAGAUGGGAUACACCUGUGUACCAUUCUGCGACGGACAAGUGUCCGGAUCCUCCUCGCCAACUCCUUGAAGUGGUUUCUCCCUUACAAGGAUGCGCGACAAGACGCUAAAGAUCCUGACUUGGAGGCACAGCUGAGCCAGCGAGGCACAGACACGGCUGAGAAACAGGAGCCACAAACACCUCCCCAAUGGUGCUUCUUGUUUACUGCGUCAUGA